UGGGAGACGAACUGUCAGUAGUUGGAGUGGAACAGCAGAUCUCACAGUGUACGACUUCUAAAGUAGACCCGUUCAAGCUGGGCUUACAACAAACGGAUUUACUCUACAACCUUUCACAUGGGGAGCUAAAGUGUAUACAGAAUGUUAGUUUUUCCGCUCUUUAAGUUACUCGUGCUCGCGUGCACGGCUGGCUCGUCUCGUGCACUCCGCUCACACGGCACAAGCGUCGCGAGGUACGCGCGUGCCGUUUCGGAUAACCAGCUGGAGGUGUUCGGGACCACAACCAGUUCGAACCAGUUACCUGAGGAGACGUUAUCAGUGCUGACCUCAGCUCCAGAGAACAGCAGCAGAACCAACAUGGUGACCACCACAGUCGCUCCUGUACCCAAAACAACGGCUCCAACGGUUCAAAACUCGACAAACCUAAGCAUUUCCCUAACUACAGUAACGUCGAGUUCACCACAAAACACAACUACAACGGAUUUCACCAACACAACCACCAGCAACAGCUACAUCACAUCAGACUUCACCACCAAAAUAGGACCUCAGUGUAACUGCAGCGCAGUCGGCUCAGUGGGCCCAGACAGCUGUGACCCACUCACUGGCGGCUGUACGUGUUUGCUCGGCUAUUCAGGACUCCGUUGCGAGCAGUGUUACAGCGGUUAUUUCAGAAACCGCACAGGUGGCUGCCAGCCAUGUGACUGUGACUCAUCUGGAGCAGUGGGGCCGCAGUGUAAUAGCUCUGGAGUGUGUGAGUGUAAAACGGGAGUGUACGGCGACAAGUGUGACGACUGCCUUCCAGGCUUCUUUAACUUCAGCAGCGCAGGGUGCCAAGCAUGCCAAUGUAACAAUCACUCCAACACCUGCAACAAACUAUCAGGCAUCUGUUUGAACUGCCAGGGAAACACCAGAGGUCCCAGCUGCACCGAGUGCAAGCCAAACUUCUACCAGGAGCGUGGCUCCAGCCCGAACAAGUCAUGUGUAACCUGCCCCUGCUCCAGCGUCACCUCUUCAGGCAGCUGCACGCUCAAUGAAACCGGCCAACCGGUGUGUGACCAGUGUAAACCUGAGUACAAGGGCUUCACCUGCGAGGACUGUCAGGAUGGAUACUACAACGCUGACAGUAUCUGUGUGCCAUGUGAGUGCCAUGGGAACGCCGAGCCAAGCAGCGCGCCCCGCAUCUGCCACCCAGACACCGGAGACUGCCUGAACUGCAGCUACAACACCAACGGGACUCACUGCCAGCACUGCGCUCGUGGUUUCACCGGAGACGCACUUGCCAGGAACUGCACGGCCAUCGUGCCCACUAUACCGGUGUUCUAUUCCACUAUGACCCCCAGCCCUAAUGUAACUGAUCGGCUUCCCACCUCGUCCACGACACUCCUGUCCAGCCUGACAAGCCCUUCUGCCAAUAGCACAUCUUCCCCUGAACUGAUCUCCUGGGCACAGUUCAAUGUAAUCGUGCUGGCCAUCAUCAUCACACUGAUCCUGGCAUUUCUGGGAGCAGCAGGUGGCAUCUACACCUACCGCCAGUACCAGAAUCGUAAGAUCAACGCACCCUUCUGGACAAUCGAGCUGAAGGAGGACAAUAUCAGCUUCAGCAGCUACCACGACAGCCUGACCAACGCGGACGCCUCGGGCCUGUUGGAUGAUGAGGCAUGCGAGGCGGCCUCCAACGGGCAGCUGACCCUCAACAGCCCGGGAAGUUUAUACAUGCCGUGACAAAACCUUCAGUGAAUUAUGGUAGCAUAAGAUCGACUUAUCAAUUUGAGAUGCUGAUUAAAAUAUUAUAAUUCACUCCUGUAUUUGGAAUGGCAUUUCUCUUUGUGAGUGUGCAUCGAGUAUUUGAGCAUUAAGGCAAAAUCUGGCUCUUAAUAUUUAAUUGGGUCAGGAACGAUGGUGACAUUUAGCAAGUCACAUGUUUUACAGUUAAAUUUCAGUUCCAACGUUCAUGCACACCCACACAGGAAAUGACAUCACAAAUACGUGUUGGAAUUUCUAUUUUCUAAUUAGCAUAGUAAAACUGAAUCAAGUCUGGAUUACACUGCCAUAAGGAAGGGUUUUAUUCGUUUAACGUUCAGCUUAUGGUUGAGAUAAAGGACAUGAUUUGAUGCUUCUGGUUUUACAGGAAGUGUAGAGACACUUACGUGUGAAGAAAUGCACAAUGGAGGAUGCGGAAAGCGAGACAGCCUCCAUCGGCCAGUCUCAGCAGCUCGGCCAGGUUUUACAGGGUGUGUCUGUGGCACCCGGCAAAUUUUAUUUUAUUUUUUUAUUUAACUUUAACCAAGGUGUUGUGGGACCGGACAUGCACUGAUGCUUUAGAUUGUCCUGAAAAGCUACGCACGUAAAUAUACACCUUAUGAUAAGGGAGAUGCUUACAAUAAUUGCACAAAGGAGGAAAAGAUGUUAUUAUGAGUUAUUGUGCCAUGUGGUUGCAGGUAAAAAAGCCACGUGUUAACACUGACAAUGGUACUCAGGCAUCCAUUUCCAUCCAUACUGCGGUGAUGUUUGGGGCUGGAGCACUGCCCUAUGGGGUGAAACAGAAACACAUGGCAUGUCUACAUGAGCUACAUUACAUAGAUUUUAAUAAUAAUAUAAAAAAGUAGUAUAUAAGAAUAUAAAAGAGCUGUCAAGUCGAUUUUAGUCGAGUCGAAUUGGUUUCGAAUCAAUCUUCAUCGCUGCAAUUCCAUAGGUGUGACUGUAGAUGGAGGUAUUUAAUCAAGAGCUGAAAAGCUUUCCAUCGCUUCUGGGCACCGUGCAUGCCACCUCUUACCCUCUAAUCUCUCAGACAUGCACUACAUACUCCUUAUUUCCCUACAGAGAAAGAACAGGAACUGUUUCUCUGUGGCACUACCAGCGGAUCAGUGACCCUCAUGGCUGGCCAGUGAGCAUUUGUUUUACAGACCAUUAGCUUUUCUGUCACACUAUACAUCAAAAAUGAUUGUUUUGCAGUAAAUGAGGUUCAGCUUGACGGGAUUUGUUUUAUUUUUUUUAAUGAGUGACACCUCACUUUCCUAUUGUUAAUCACUAAAGUCUAGAAUUGACUAUUUAAAAAUUUUUUCAAAGCAUAGACGUGGAAGCACUCUCAUGGAAAAAGUGUUAUGUAAUGAGUCAGGCUUGUUUGGCUAAAGCAACUUUCCAGCUUUUCUGCUCCUAAUAGAACGAGUGAGUGAAGAAAUAAACAUAUUCGUAGUGAGUAGACGGAGUGGUUGAUGGGAAGAGUAUUGCCAUGUCAGAAAUUCCAAAGGGGCAUGUUUUUGUGUCAGUUAAAGGAAUGAGGAAAUAACAUGAGCUAGAGCUAUUAAAAAAAUAGGUGUGAAUUUUAUUUAAAAAAAAAAAAAGUCAGUCAUCACAGCACAAGUGAACUGUUGGGUUUAGGCAGCUUUAAAGCACUGAAGCACUGAGCAGUGUGUACAUGACCCCAUGUCCCAUCUUGCAUUAUAUCCUCUGCAUUCAGUCUCUCUCCUCACAUUCAGGUUCUCCCCCAUACCUGGGGUGUGGUCAUUCUGUAAAUACAUGGUGUACAGAGAUGUUAUGUUGUAAAUAAAGAUGCUGCUAUUGUAUUGUAUAGGUACGAUGGGGGAGACAUUUUAUAUAUA